GAGUACAACGGACUUCUUAUACACAUUUUUUAUCAGAUUGAUCUGAUGCAAUCGUUAACUUUUUCCUGUCGGCUGUCAUCUAUUACAAGCCGAGUUCAUUGAAUAUUCCAUACUAUCUGUCUCGAUGGGCCCCAAAAAGGAAACAAAAGGGGGCAAAGGAAAGGGAAAGGACUCCUCGGAUGGCGAUGACAAAGGGAAAGGAGGCAAGGGCUUAAAGGCCGCGAACUCGAUUAAUGUUCGACAUAUCUUGUGCGAGAAACACUCCAAAAAGGAAGAAGCCCUAGAAAAACUCCGCAACGGCGCCAAAUUCGACGAUGUUGCCAGAGAAUACUCAGAGGACAAAGCUCGACAAGGCGGUUCACUAGGCUGGAAAGUACGAGGAAGUCUACACGGUGACUUUGAGAAAGUGGCAUAUGAACUUGAGCCGAGCACGACGGCAAAUCCGAAAUAUGCUGAAGUCAAGACUGGGUUUGGGUAUCAUAUUAUUAUGGUUGAAGGGAGGAAGUAACCCCUGUCCUUUCUCUGACUACGUAUAGCUUAAAGUGUAAAUGAAUUUAUGGUGAUCAUAAUGCAUGUUGACACUACUUAAACGUCUAUCGAGAUAUAUACAGAGAGAAGGACAGUGUCUAUCAAAGUACAAAACUAUCAAUGGUUCUUCUUCAGCUUUGCUGCCUCUUUUGCCUUCUUCUCUCGUCUCUGCACAAUUCCCUCGGCGCCAACACCACCAAAGACGAGAAGCACACCGAGCCAUUGGCCAUGCGUCAAAGAAUGUCCAAACCAGAACACGCUAAUAAUCAUACUGAGCAUUUUCCUGGUGACAGUCACAGUGACAAGAAGCAAUGACGAGAACUUGGAAAGCGUAUAGUAGAUAAAGACCUGACCGAUUGCACCACACGCAGCAAAUCCCAAGACAUGUUUUAGGGCUUGCGGGUGGCGUUGUAGGAAUGAAAUGGAAUACGACAAUUCCAAACCAGCCGAGGGUGGGAUCUGGAAUGGUAGCAAGGAGACAAUAGGGCCGUUAUCUGUCAAGUACGGAGCAAUGAGUAGGUAUGUAGUCGUGAGAACAGUUGCAAGAAAAUUCUGGGCAACCAUCAUCUGCGGUCCUGUAUAGCGCGUAUAUAGGUUCGGUGAGCUGAAGACGUGGUCUUGUGUAGAGUUGGUGAGGCCAUCGAGCAACAGAUUAAUAAACAAAAGGAACAAUCCGUAAAGUGUUUGCCCACUGUGUGUGGAAGCAGCCAUCUUCUUCGAAGUUCCGGGAUGAUACAGAGUAAAAGUUCCGACACCAAGAGUCACCAACAUAACCACCACAUAUUUAUACAAGGGGUAACGCUUCCGGAAGAUAGUCAUGUGAAGUAACAUAACUGGGAGUAACUUACAUGACUUGGCGAGGACGAAGGUCAAGUAGUCAAUGUGUUGCAAGCCAGCGUAGCCAAAGGGUGACGCUAGCGAGGACGAAAUGCUAACAAAAAUCAAGGGGAACAGAAUCCUCCGGUUGGGAAAGAUCGACGGCACCGGUUGUCCGUUUGGUGUUGAAAAAUAUAAAUAUAGAGAGCCUGUCACCGCUGCAAAGCAUGAUUGAAUAGUAUUGAGAACAAUCGGAAACGUAAAGCGCUCGGCGGAUUCUGAUUCUCCUUUGGCUUCGUGAGCGGGAUAGUGAGUAGUCGUAAUAGCUUCCUGCAGAACACCCC